ACAGGCUGAGCUAGUCCGUGCUGACGCUUGUAUCCACUCUCUCAAGAGAACACCUGUUAGAUACAGAGAAGACGUUCACAGUUCUCUGAACACGCCAACUCAGUAUUUAGCUGUUCAUCGCUGUUCAUCCAACCAUCGAUUUAUUCAAAGUGAGAGGAGCCACACUGCACCGGUACUGUAGGAGACCUGGAUUUGACCCUUCGUGUUCAAAGUUAAAGUCGUCCUGUAGAAGACAUUUGGACAGAACAGGCUGCUGGCAAUGUCAGGUGAUGGGGACAGACAGUCCGUUUUACGGACCACGAAGGUCCGUACAGCACUGAAGGGGGACAGCAGUUGGAUCAUGAGACGGAAAGAGCAAGAAUCGCAGGAGGAGGAGAAGCCAUGGAUGGCUGAAGUUCGAGCCAGUCGCGCCAACAACACUGAAACGAGCCCCGUGUCCUCCCCCACCACCAAACAGCCACAGACUACCACCCAGACAGACACAGAGAGGUCCAAAACACCCACUUCUGGUUACAUGAUCAGAGGAGUGUUCACUAAAACAGACACCAAACCAGUUUCAUCCACCUCAACCAAUGGCUACAGCGGAACAACAUCUAGCUUCGUCAAGAAGCCCUCUGAUGUCUACAAGAAAAUUGCCCCACACACUGUCAGACCCACCACGGAAAACACAGACAACUCCGAGCCCCAGCUGAGCCCAGAGGAGCAGGAGAGGAGGAGAGAGGCGGCCAGCAGUGUGCUGAAGAGGUCCGCUGUCAGACAACGUUCCUACGUUCUCUCCGCAGCCAAGAAGUUUGAGGCCCCAGAGAAAGAAGACAGCCCACCACCUGAGAAUGUCACGUCGUUUGUUGCGAAAAGGAUAGUGAUUACUGAUGAGGAGACCAAUAACGGCCCAGACGCUCAGGAGACCGUGUCCGUCCCUGCCCCUGUCACACACAGUCCCACCUCCCAGACCAGGCAAGAGGAGUCCAUGGAUGGUCCAGUCCCCACUGUUACGGAUGAACCCAAGUCCACCCCACAACAAAGCGCUGAUGCUGUAGCUGCCCUGUCUGACUCCCUGAUCUCUUUUGACGCUGAGCCAUCCAGCACUGACAAAGCUGGGGCACAGACAGAGGUGGAGCCGGAGGAGGAGCAGAAGGAGGAACCAGAGGGGGUCCAGACUGUGUCCAGUGCUGCUGUUCAGUCAGUUCCAGAGCCCGGUAAUGGUCUGGACAACGACGACCUCUUUGACCUCGCACAGAGUACCAAGGAGCAGAAUGUGGAUCUCAGCCCCACAGACACAUACCCAGACCUUCUGAUGAGAGAUCCGAGCCUUCUGCCGCAGACGGAGAAAACGGAGGGAACGCUCGACAUUCUCGCCGAUGACGUCAUCCCCAUAGACACCAGCGCCACCACCCUCAGCACAGAUGAUACUUACAGAUAUGAUGAGAAAAAGGGAGAGGAAGAGGAGGAGGAAGAGGAGGAAGAGCAGCCGAAUCCUUUAGACAGCCCCACACAGCCCGUCAAUGUCACCACUGAAGUCGUCACUAUCAUAGAGGACAUUUCAGAAGAUAAGACAGACCCAGAAGAUAUGUGGGGCAUGCACACCAUUCAGACCGCCAUCACCGACACAAGCUCUGCUGAUCCAUUUGAUCCAAUUUCCAAAGAGACCGAAUCCACAAAGAGUCCUGUGGACCUGUUUGAUCCUCUGGUGAAUUCCAGCAACGAUAUUUCCAGUGAUGCGUUGAUUUCUCUGGCUGAUGAUGUCAUUCCCAUUGACACCGACAGGAAAACUCUGAGUUCUGACAGAUCCUGGGCUCCUUCUGACAGUGAGGCUCAGGACCCGCCCAGCGCGGACCAAGAGCAGGAAGGUGAACAGCAGAGCUACACCCUCGUCACAUUUGAGAAAAAAUCCAAUGAGAACGACUCACCCUGGGACAGGUGGAUGUCACCCACUGUCUACACCACAGACGACAGUCCUGAAGAUGACACAGACACUCAAACUCACACCACCAUCACUACUAUCAGUGACACAAACGACGACCUCAACUCCCCAAUGGACGGAACAUUGAUCAGCACUGAACAGGGACCCAAGUCACCGGAGACAAAGAAGGGUUUUGUUUAUCUGAAGGAGUAUGUGAAUGUUGCAGAGCCGUCAGACAGGGACUCUGACUAUAUAACCUCCAGCAUCCAGUCCAACCUCAAUUCUUCCUACUCAAGCGCUGGCAUGUCUGAGUGUACAUACUGUGGACAGCUGGUCGGAAACGAUGCCAGGAUUACCAUCGAGCAUCUCAACAUCUCGUGCCAUCCUGAAUGUUUCAAGUGUGGCAUUUGCAGUAAGCCCAUGGGCGAUUUGCUCUACAACAUGUUUCUUCAUGGUGGCACUGUGCACUGUGAAAGCUGCUACUCCAACGUUCUCUAGGACGGGUGGAUAGUUUCCUCUCUGUCAUGGUUAGGGGAGCAGUUCAUCAACCUCGCCUCCGAAUCGUCCAGUCUCACCCAGGUUUUUUCGAAAUCUGGAAAUAUUUAAGAUUCUCACCCUCCACAGUAAAACUUGUAAUUUUUGUGUCAGAGAACAUAGAUUGUGUUUGAUACUGUAAAGUUUUCAUAUUUUCUGUAGCAAAUAUUUUCUAUAAUUAAGAGAAAAAAAAAACAAGAAAAAGAAAAGAUACAAAGUAGCCAAUCAGAUGCCUGUAUUUCUGUGUUUUUGUGUUCUGAAGUAGAUGAAGUGAAUGUUACAUUGGGGAAGGAAGGCACUGUGGGAUUUGUGGUUCUCUACUUUCAGGGAUCUUUUUAUAAUGACUGUUUCCUGUUCACUUCAGACUCUUUGUGUGAAUAACCCUUCACAUUAACACCUGUUUCUGUCUCAACGUGACACGUUUAGUCUUGAGAAAUGCUGAAUUUCUGUCUGCCUGGUUUAUCUCUGAUGUCUCACUGUACUUGAGGGUAACUGGUCAAAGGAAAUGACAUCACGUGUAAUAUCCUGUGAUUGGACAUUCAGUAUGCUGACCUUGGGAUUCCUGAGCCUGUUCACUGCUUAUCAUGUUUGUUCUUAUCUAAUGAGGUCACAACCAAUAAACUGUUUGGUUUAUAU